AUGGCAAGAGCUGCAAACCCUUCUCAGAAGAAAUUUCCACCUCAAACUAUGUUGAUCGGAUCAUUACCCAACCUCAUCAUAAUGGACUUCCAGUUAUUUCAGAAUUCAUUCACCGGCGACUUGGUUACUCCUGAGGAUCAAGAAUAUGCUGCAGCAAUCUCUCGAUGGGCCAUUAACUCUCAGCGAAGGGCGAAGAUUGUAGCAUUUGUGAAGAGCCCAGAAGAUGUCUCCUUGGCCCUCGAUUAUGCCAGACGGACUAACUUGCAAGUUGCGAUCCGUGGCGGAGGACACAGCCCAUCUGGGUCAUCUUCAAGUGAUGGAGGUCUCGUUAUUGACAUGUCACGUCACAUGUGCCACGCGAAAGUGGACCCGGAGCAGGGGGUAGUAUAUGUUGGCGGUGGUGCAACCUGGGAGGUUGUAGAUAAGUCUGCGAUCUUACAUGGGCUAGCCACACCUGGUGGGACUGUCAACCACACAGGUGUAGGCGGGCUUACCUUGGGCGGGGGCUACGGAUGGUUGUCUUCUGCUUUCGGUCUUGCCCUUGAUAACCUCAUUCAGGCAACCGUUGUUGUUGCAGAUGGCUCUAUCCUCACUGCGAACAAAGACGAAAACUCCGAUCUCUUCUGGGGGAUCAGAGGCGGAGGCUCUAAUUUUGGCGUUUGCACUGAGUUCGUACUCAGAUUGCACCCACAACGCCGCCGUGUGUUCGCUGGCACUCUUGUCUUCAAGCCAGACGUCUUGGAACCUCUACUAUCUUUGACUGAAAAAUGGUGGGCCAAAGAACCUUGCGAAAAGGAAGGCAUGGUUCAUGUGAUGACUCGGGGACCCGAUGGUCAACCCUGUGUUGUUGUAUUUUUGUUUUACAAUGGUUCGGAGCCUGAAGGAAGAGCAACUUUUAAAGCUGUAUUUGACCUAAAGCCUUUGGUCGAUACAACUUGUGAAAUGCCAUACGAAGAAGUCAAUACUUUACAGAAUGCUGCCGCACCACACGGCCGUGCGGCCUACAUGAAAGGAGUGUACCAAACUAAGCCCCGCGUCGAUGUUAUCUUGCAGGCAUUUGACAGAAUGGUGGCAUUGUCCGAAACCCGUGACCUGGAAGUGGCUAUUCUCAUCGAGUAUUUUCCGCUUGGGAAGAUCACCGAGGUGACUAAUGAUGCGACGGCGUUCCGUCGUGUUCGUGCCGGAAACGUUUUGUCCCUAGUUUAUUGGGAUGAAGAUACUCCUGAUAAUCAACAAAGAGCUCGAGACAUUGCUUGGGAGUUGUCAAACAUCGUCGUGAAAGGACAGCAUGACUUAUCUGAGGUAGACAACACUGGCUACGGAAAUUAUGAUAGCGACAAGGUUAUUCUCACUGGUUCGCAAAGAACCGAACGGACUGCUGUAGGCGGAAAAGCCAGAGCUCUAUUUGGAGAAAACUAUCCUAGGCUUCAGGCCAUCAAGAAGCGUUAUGAUCCUGAUCUUACGUUCUCUAGUUGGUUUCCAAUAAUACCAUCCGCAUAACAGUGACACCUUCUACAGCACUCACUAGCCGUUAUGUGAGCCUAAUACCAAUCUCAUCGUUGACUUGUCUCUUGUUGUUUUUGUUUUGUCGGAAAAUGUCACCUGGAUACGAUGUAAAUUGAAAGCAUUUACUAAACUUAUCUAUCAGGUGAUACGGUCCUGAUUUCAUGAUGUUGAUGGUACAGCCCAUUUAAAUUUCCUCGGGUGAACCCUUUCGAGUUGACCUUUGUGGGCGUAAACACCGCUCUCUGAUCACUCCGAUUGCCUUGUAUAAUUCUUUGCAUGCUAAAAUAAAUCAAGUCCAAAAAU